AUGUAUGAAAUAUUUGAAUUUCUUGAUUAUUUUCAUGUAUAUGAAGCCUUUUUCAAUAUUAAUAUACGAUUUCGUAAUCUUCUUACUAUUUCGACUCUUCCUAUUGAAAUCAAUAUUUCAUCAAUGUCUAAAUUAGCUUAUCAACGAUACUAUAAAGACAUUAUUAUGACUAAUACUAAUCAAAUUAAUUCACUACGUUUAUCUAAUGUAUUCAUUUAUGAUCUUAUAUCUUCAUCAAUUGAAAUAUUAUCGGAAUUUCUCCAACUUAAAAGGCGUAUUCUCGAUAAUAUUGAAUCAAAAUAUCUGGAAAAACUACUCGUUCAAUUAAUUUCUUUACCUUUUCUCUCUUCAUUGAUUAUUAGUUCUGUUGAUAAUAUUAAAAAUAAAAAUGUUAUCUAUCAUCAAAUAUUUCGUCUGCCAUCAUUAAAAUAUUGCAAAUUGUCCUUGGAAGGAUACAGUCAUAAUGAUGAUCCACUAUCAUUAGUUACUAAUGAUCAUAGUUCAAUUGAACAUUUGAUCAUCAACAAUUGCAUAUACUUGGACGAACUGAAUAGUUUGGUAUCAUAUGUUCCUCAACUACGACAAAAAUAUUGCAUGCAACAGGCAAAAAUACAUCCACCUGGAUCAAGUUAUUUGACAUAUGUUUCUCUCGAGCUAGACGACAUCAAUUUUGAUCAAUUUGAACACUUGGUCAUUGAUCUUUUCGCCACAAUUCAAGUUUUACGCAUUUUAAUAAAAUAUAAUACAGAUAUAGCAUACGUGAAUAAUAACAGAUGGGAAAAACUAAUAUUAUCUCAUAUGCUAAAUUUACGUAUAUUUGAUAUUCGACACGAAAAUUGUCCAAGCAAUAUUACUGUUAAUAAUAAUAGUAAUUAUAAUCCGUUGACAUUAGACAAUUAG